CACUUAUUUACUUAGGACCGUCGAAUAUAUACACAAUGAGCGUAGCUUCAUCAGUAGGAAUUGAUUUGGGAACCACCUACUCCUGUGUGGGUGUGUUCCAACAUGGAAAGGUCGAGAUUAUUGCCAACGACCAGGGUAACCGCACAACCCCCUCAUUCAUUGCCUUCACAGACACUGAGCGUCUAAUGGGAGAUGCCGCCAAGAACCAGGUUGCCAUGAACCCUCACAACACAGUAUUCGACGCCAAGCGUCUAAUCGGUCGUCGAUUUAACGACCCAUCCGUAUCCGCGGAUGCCAAGCACUUCCCGUUCAAGAUUGUGGACAAGGACAACAAGCCCAUGAUCCAAGUCGAGUACAAGGGAGAGACCAAGAUCUUCGCACCCGAAGAGAUCUCAUCUAUGAUCUUGGUCAAGAUGAAAGAGACCGCCGAGGCCUACCUUGGAUACGACAUUAAGAACGCCGUCAUCACAGUCCCUGCGUAUUUCAACGAUUCACAGCGUCAGGCUACCAAGGAUGCCGGUGCUAUCUGCGGCAUGAACGUCCUUCGUAUCAUCAAUGAGCCCACAGCCGCCGCCAUUGCGUACGGUUUGGACAAGAAGGUGGGAGAUGAGCAGAACGUGCUUAUCUUCGAUCUAGGAGGUGGUACAUUUGAUGUAUCCAUCCUAACCAUCGAGGACGGUAUCUUCGAGGUUAAGUCCACCGCCGGUGACACCCACUUGGGAGGUGAGGAUUUCGACAAUCGAUUGGUCAACUACUUCACAACCGAGUUCAAGCGCAAGCACAAGAAGGACGUCUCCUCUAACGCCCGUUCCGUGCGCCGUCUAAGAACCGCCUGUGAGCGCGCAAAACGUACCCUGUCCUCAUCCGCCCAGGCCUCCAUCGAGAUCGACUCUCUUUUCGAGGGUAUUGAUUUCUACACAUCCAUCACCCGUGCUCGUUUCGAAGAGCUGUGUGCCGAUCUAUUCCGUGGCACCUUAGACCCCGUAGAAAAGGCUGUGCGGGACGCUAAGAUUGACAAGAACAACAUCCACGAGAUUGUGCUUGUUGGUGGAUCUACCCGUAUCCCCAAGAUCCAGAAGCUGCUUUCUGAUUGGUUCAACGGCCGAGAGCUCAACCGAUCCAUCAAUCCCGACGAGGCUGUAGCCUACGGUGCGGCUGUACAGGCCGCUAUUCUUUCAGGUGAUAAGCACGAGAACGUUUCCGACCUGCUUCUGUUGGAUGUUGCCCCUCUAUCUCUGGGUAUUGAGACCGCCGGAGGUGUUAUGACUGCUCUUAUUAAGCGUAACACCACCGUCCCCACCAAGCAGACACAGACCUUCUCCACAUACGCAGACAACCAGCCCGGAGUACUUAUCCAGGUAUUUGAGGGUGAGCGCGCCAUGACCAAGGACAACAACUUGCUUGGUAAGUUCGAGCUUUCAGGCAUCCCCCCCGCCCCCCGAGGAGUACCUCAGAUCGAGGUGACCUUCGACAUUGAUGCCAAUGGUAUCCUAAACGUAUCUGCCAUGGACAAGUCCACUGGUAAGGAGAACAAGAUCACCAUCACCAACGAUAAGGGACGUCUGUCUAAGGAGGAUAUUGAUCGUAUGGUUAACGAUGCCGAGAAGUUCAAGGGCGAGGAUGAGGCUCAGCGUGAGCGUGUUGCGGCCAAGAACGGUCUAGAGAGCUAUGCCUUUAACAUUAAGAACACCAUCGAGGACCCCAAGUUGGCCGAUAAGCUGUCUGAGGACGACAAGAAGGUGAUUAACGAUAAGUGUGAGGAGAUCCUUAAGUGGUUGGAUCUCAACCAGACGGCGGAGAAGGAGGAGUUUGAGCACCACCAGAAGGAGCUGGAGGGUAUCUGCAACCCCAUCAUGAGCAAGUUAUACGCCGGUGCCGAGGGUGGUGCUGAGGGAGGCAUGCCCGGAGGUAUGCCCGGAGGUUUCCCCGGAGCCGGGGGUGCUCCACCAAACUCCGAGGGCGGUGAUGGACCCUCCAUCGAGGAGGUCGACUAAAUUUUGACUAAUAAUAACUCAUUAAGUUAGCAAUGGAGUAGAGUCUAAACCUCUCUAUUUCAGAGUCAAACAAGUAACCGAAAAAAAACGUAGUCAAAUUAUUAUUAUACUACAAAUUAAUGACCUCUGGGGUAGUCUUAAGGUAACAUGACCUGAAGAUGACCGUAUCUUACCCACACUUGUAAAGUUAUAUCUGCUGUACAUUUAAAGAACUGAGUAUAGGAAUCAGUAUGAUAAGGAAAUAAAUUGUAUUAUUGUAUGCAUAGUA